AUGGCGGCAGCAGCGCCUAAGCGCAAGCGAACGUGGGACACGCCGCCGGUCGCGGAUUCCGGCGCCAAUGCGCAAAACGGCGCGCCUUCUAUCGCGGAUGGACCGAGAAAGCUAGCAUCCGCAGCGGACCGCAAAGGAAAGGCGAAAAUGCGCGACGAUUUCGACGACGAGGAGAGAGGCGGGCCUGAUUCCGAAUUCCGCCGUCCCGUGCUUCCCGCGGCGCCGGGUGAUAAUGACGAGGUCGACAUGGAGCUGCUCGAAGCGCUCGAACGGGAAGCAGCGGCGGCGGCGGGGGAGGGUGGAACGGGAGGUGGGUUAUCCAUCGAGGUAAUGGACCUCCGCGGAUUGCGGCGGGCGGUGCUGGCUUUCGAGAAGCGGCUCAAGGAGAACAUGGACGCGCGCAUCCGCCACGUGGACCAACCAGAGAAGUUUAUGGAAUCCGAGGUGGAGCUUGACAGAGAGGUCAAGAAGCUCCACGCUGUCGCGAGCGCACCGAGCCUGUACCCGGAUUUAGUUCGGUUGAAUGCGGUUCCGUCGAUUUUGUCGCUCCUGGGGCACGAGAACACAGACAUCUCGUUAGGAGCGGUUUCGUUAUUAGGAGAGUUGACAGAUGCGGAUGCGAUAGGGGAUCACGAGGAGGAGGCGAAGGCAUUGGUGCAGUCGCUUGUAGAUUCAAGCGGGCUAGAGCUUCUCGUGCAGAACCUUCAGCGAUUGGACGAAAAGGAUAGCGAAGAAGGUAACGCCGUUUUCACGACGUUGGGUAUUUUCGAGAAUAUGAUCGAGGCGUUGCCAUCCGUCGCCGAAGCCGUCUGCGAACGGACCCGACUGUUACGCUGGUUACUGGCCCGAAUACGCGUUAAAGAGUUCGACGCGAAUAAGCUAUACGCGAGCGAGAUCCUCGCGAUCCUGCUCCAAGGCAGCUCCGCGAACCAAAAACGAGUCGGCGCGAUGAACGGCGUGGAUUCGCUCCUGCAGGCCGCGGCGAUCUACAAAUCGCGCGAUCCGAAAACGACGGAGGAGGAGGAAAUGCUGGAAAAUAUCUUCGACGCGCUGUGCAGCGUGGUGAUGGUGGACGAGAAUAAGGAGCGGUUCGUGAAAUCGGAGGGAGUAGAGCUGAUGAUUAUCACGAUGAAGCAGCGCAAGCUCGCGUACUCCUCCGCCAUGAAGGCUCUUGACUUCGCCACCACGCGCUGCCCCGCCGCGAGCGAGCGGUUUGUGGAUGUGCUGGGGCUGAAAACCCUGUUCUCCGCUUUCAUGAAUAAGGUGACAGUGAAGCGCAAGGACAAGUCAGAGACGCUGCAGCUGCAGCAGGAGAUCGACGAGCGAGUCAUCUCCCUCAUUGCAUCCCUGCUCUCGGGGCUGUCCAAGGGGUCACGGCGGGACCGAGUGCUGAGCAAGUUCGUGGAAGGAGAGUAUGAGAAGAUUGAUCAUCUGCUGGAGCUGUAUAUGAAGUACUGGGAGCGGGUGCGGGCAGAAGAGAGGAGGCAGGAGGAGCAGCAGAGAAGACGGGAGAUACUGAGGCAGCAGGGGGAGGAGGAGGACGACGGGGAGAUGACAGAUGAGGAUCGCUAUCUGGCUCGCUUGGAGGCAGGCCUCUUCACACUGCAGCUCAUCGCUCUCAUCCUCGCCCACCUCUGGGCUGCAGAGCAUGGGGGCAUGAGGCACCGUAUUGAUCUGCUGCUGCGACAGCAGAAGCUUUCAAGAGACCAUGUGAAGGCCAUUCUGCAGGAGUACAGCGACAACAUCGGCGACCUGGAUGGAGAGGAGGAGCGCAACAGACGGCGCGACAGAAUAGCCAAACUGAUUGCAGAUCUGUGA